AUGACAUUCACGCUCACACUUCUCUCACUCUUGUUAUUGGUGAUGCACCCAGAGCAGCAGCAUGCAGCAGCCAAAGCUGGCCGAUCUCAAGGUCAAAACUUCAUUCGUGGACAGGGGGAAGCUGUAGACUCGCAAAGCAACAAGCGCGGUCGUGAAGAAGGACAAACGGCGAACGUUGGAAGCAGCAGCUCAGCGACCAUAUCGACGGACAUUUCACCUGCAGUAGAAGGCCGUGACUACUUUCCUCGUGCCGAAAAAGGCAAGUGCUACAAUGCAACGUUCUCGAUCGAGCAUAUCCGCGCGUUUUACGGGGAUCGAGCCCUAUGCGUACUCAACAAGUCAGCACGUCAAAGUCACAUUGAAGAUGUAUGUGACACUUGGUGUCGCAAGGAAGAAGAAAACUAUGGACGUUCGCAGUCCCGUUUCAACAGUGAGAACACUGCAAAGAACCGAUGUAUCCAAAGCCUCAACAUCAAUAUCACGCGAAAGGCCGUGUAUUUUGAUUCUCUGCAAUCAUGCGAUUUUGAAUGUACGUGCACUUUAUUCAAAUACGUCGAGCGUAUCAAGAUGCCACAUGUGCAGUACAAAAAUCAACACUUUGAGCUGUCGCCCUUUAAACCAAAGUCUUACUGGGCUAAAAAAGCAAAAACUGAUACUUUGUAUACAACUGGCUUUGGUCAGCCAACAGAGCAAUGCCUUGCUCCUGCUGGCCACGGAAACACCAAUGCCGAUCAUGCGGCUCACGCAGACGCAUCGACUUCAGGCCAAGCAGCAUUGGCAGGCAACAUCGCAGAGUCUUUCACAUCAGAUCAGGAAAUGACUUCACUUGAGUUGAUGGAAUGGUUAGAAGAUCUCUAUGACGUGGAGCAGAGUCUACAGACCGGACUACCAGUGGAUCGGAACAUCCUGACUCUACAGUCGUGCAAUAUCCCUGAUCUCGACAAUCUCCCAGGAUCCAAUCAGCCAAGCGAGGAAGUAUGCGUUGCUCCAACCCAUGCGGUACAGAGACAAGAGGGUCAAGAGCAAGAACGUAAUGACAAUCAAGGUGCUGACACUGCCGAUCAAGGUAAAGCUGUCUUGCCUGCACGGUCGUUCAUCUAG